AUGCUCUCUCUGUCAGUCAAGGCUUCCAUCAAGGAUUUCGAUCUCGGCAAAGUAUUCGCAGUUCGGUCGAAGCGCCCCACAAAGAACAGACGCACACAGUGCAGCUCGACAACCCACCACGAAGGCCAUGACUCUAUCUCUGCAGAUAUUCCUAUGCACUCUGGAUCUCUGGCGAGGGAUCCAGGUCUCCAACUUGUCUCCAUCAAUAUUUCCUCCGCCACAGCCUCCCAUGGCGAUUCCUUUUCCCGUGCAGCUUCUGACGGAGUCCAGACAUUUUUACCAGUCGUCCAGGUCAUUGCAAGUGCAAUUCCAAUCGCCGGUCCUCCUAUGCAAGCCGCUAUUGGUGGAUUAUUAUCAAUCCUUCAAAUUAUAGAUAGACGUAGUCAGAAUAAAGCAGACCUAAAUCGCCUGAGGGAACGACUUCAACGACUAGGCUCACAUCUGUGCAACGCCCCGACCGCCCAGAAUCCCUCCGAACAAGAGCGGAGGAAUUCCAUAAUUAGGAUUCUGCAAGAGACCUCUGUCCAGCUGACGAAGCUGCAAAAACGUCGUCCUGAACAUGCAUCCGUCACACAAGCUAUCGCCGGAUGCUCCAUUGAGAUCGACCGUUAUUUGUUGGAGUCUUUGGUUGUUUCCUACUCUUUAUAA